AUGUCACAAGAAGAAUCAAUAGCACUGGAGGACGACCAGACUGUCCCAGAGUCCACACUGACUCUGCCAAUAUCGAGGAUCAAGAAGAUCAUGAAACUUGAUCCUGAUCAUGUAACAUCGACAGAAGGUGCAGUAUAUCUUGUGGGUGUUGCUACUGAACUGUUCAUUCUAUAUUUGGCAGAACAAGCAGCCUUUGUUGCCAAAGCAAACCAAAGGAAGAAGGUGACCUACAAGGACUUCCACUCUGCCAUCAGCAACAAGGAGAAUCUCAACUUUUUGGGUGAUAUAGCGCCUCCGGUGUAUUCGCUCAAGAACCUUGUGGAGACGAAAAAGAUCAGAUACAGGGCCAAGAAAGAUGACCUGCCUGUGGAGCCAGAGACUGUUAUCGCUGAAGCUGAGCCCCAAGCCCCUGUCAAAGAACUGAGCAAGGGCCAACAGGUCUUGGGAUUCCAGAAGGUGGAAAAUCCCUACAAGAAGGUGCCUUUGACCAAUUUUAUGAACAACGACGAGGCCAGCGGAGAAGCCGACCAGGAAACAGAGAUAAUACCAGAUGAAGAGGAAACUGAGCAACAAGCCGAAUCCGAACAGCCUGGAAAUGCCGACGAAUCUACAGAUGUGGUCAUGAUUGAUGCGUAA